AGACCUGGCGCAGCGCGAUCAGGCCCGGGGAAGACUUUUGAGAACCUCAUUGUCAUCCGAGCUCCACCUGUUCGUUCAAGCUAUUUCCUCAAGCGCAAAUUCGGUUAGUAUGCACGUCCUGGGGUGGCUGCGAGCACUGACGACACCAGCAGAUCGCCUCGCUCGGAGGAAGCGCUCACCAGGGUCUUUCCGGGGCUGGGUGGGGCGAACAUGAGGACGCCUCCAGUGGCAGCCCACCCCCCCCCGCCAGGAUGCGUCACUCGCCUCAGGCUUAUCAAAACUCCACCCUAGCCCCACGAACAUCUUUACUUCCUCUCUUCGCGGUAGCAGCCUAGCAGUCCCGGACUGUGGGGCUCUCACGUCUAGCCUGGAACCGAGGGUGACGCCGCGCCUGCUGACCUGCCGGCAGAGCGUCGCUUUCUGCCCAUCCACUCUCCCGCGCUGCUGACUUCAUUUAAAUCUGACCCCAGGACCCGGCGGGUGAGGUCGGGUCUCGCGUCGCCACUGCCAGAGUUGGAAAGCGAAAGCUCCGCAAACGGCACCGCCCGCGUCCGCCCCUGGGGCCGCCCGUAAGUUUCGAUUCUCGGCGAAGCGGUGUCCCGCGCUGCGGCCAGAGCUGCGGCAGCCAUAGCGCGCCAUGGCCGACCCCGGGGUAUGCUGUUUCAUCACCAAGAUCCUGUGCGCCCACGGGGGCCGCAUGACCCUGGAGGAACUGCUGGGUGAGAUCGCGCUCCCCGAGGCGCAGCUCUACGAGCUGCUGGAGUCGGCGGGGCCCGAUCGCUUCGUGCUAUUGGAGAUCGGAGGCCAGGCCGGGAUCACUCGGUCGGUGGUGGCCACCACCCGAGCCCGCGUCUGCCGUCGCAAGUACUGCCAGAAACCCUGCGACAGCCUGCACCUCUGCAAGCUCAACCUGCUGGGCCGGUGCCACUAUUCCCACUCUCAGCGGAACCUUUGCAAGUACUCUCACGAAGUUCUCUCGGAACAGAACUUCCAGGUUCUGAAGAACCAUGAGCUCUCUGGGCUUAACCAGGAGGAGCUGGCGGUACUCCUGGUACAGAGCGACCCUUUCUUUUUGCCUGAGAUAUGCAAAAGUUACAAAGGAGAGGGCCGGAACCAGAUCUGCGGGCAGCCACAACCCUGUGAGAGACUCCACAUCUGUGAGCACUUCACACGGGGCAAUUGCAGUUACCUCAACUGCCUCAGGUCUCACAACCUGAUGGACAGAAAGGUGCUGGCCAUCAUGAAGGAGCAUGGGAUGAGUUCUGACGUGGUCCAGAACAUCCAGGACAUCUGCAACAACAAGCAUUCCCGGAGGAACCCCCCUGCCAUGAGAGCUCCCCAUCCACAUCGCAGAGGCGGGGCCAGAGGUAGAAGCAAAAGCAGAGACCGCUUCUUCCAGAACAGUCUGGAUCUCCUCCCAACGGCCUCACCUCCGGAAUCUGGUCCACCUAGCCCAGAUGUCGCCAGCUGUAGGGAUUCCCUGGAGGAUGUGUCUGCAGAUAUCACCCAGAAGUUCAGGUACCUGGGGACUCACGGCUGUGCACAGCUCUCCUCGGUUACAUCCGAGGCUGCCGGUCUCCGAGGAACCAGUCAAGUGGGAGCGAGCCUGAAGUUUCCAGAGAGUGGGGAUCCAGAUGGCCUGUUUUCCAGGGGUCGUUCUGAUUCAUCCCCAAGUCAAGCUGCCAGCGGCUUUCGUCUUGAUUUGACACAAACACUUGAGGCCAUGACCGUGAAACCGGGCAAGCUUUCCGGACACCGCCUGGAGGUCGAGGGCAAGAGUGAGCCUGGAGACACCCAGCGUGUUCCCUUUUUUGAGAGUUAUGCUGGUGGAGAGACUGUGGAAGGAACAGCCUCAGGAAUUCUAGGUAACAGGGCCACAGCCAACGGUCUAGGAGAAAUGGCAUUGCCCAGCAACCACUGGAAGAGUACAGCUAGCCCUCAGGAUCCCCGGACCAUUGGCAGAAUCGCCGACCGUGGCCAGGCCUCGGCGUUCCUGAGUGGUAAAUAUGGAGGAAACACAGCCUCCCAUAUUGCAGCAAAUGGCUCUAGUCAGAUUAGGAAUGACACCUCUCAUAUGUCUGAAAGUGCCACCGGCUUUGGCGUAAAAGCAGCAGUCACUGAAAGAAAAGAAGCAGUGUGUUCUGGAGUGCAGAGUCAGAGACACCAGGCCCUGGCUGCACCUGAGAAGAUUACUGCCCCCAAACAGGCCAGCAGCCUGCCUCGGUCACCUCCACCUUCCUCCAGCCACAGAGUUGCAGCCUCUGGGACCCUUGGCAAGAACCCCGCACAUGCCUCUGUGAGCCCAGCCGGUGAGCUCUCAAGGAUGACCUCAGACUCUCCCAAGUAUCCCCUGUGCUCUGUCACAAGUCCUGCAUCCUCUAGGAUGGACGACCAUGACCCUAAGGAAAUCUGUCAGGACCAUCUGUAUAAGGGCUGUCAACAGAGCAACUGUAACAAGAACCACUUCCACCUGCCCUACCGGUGGCAGGUGUGCAUAGCUAAUGCUUGGAAGGACUUCCAGGACAUGGAGAACAUCGAGAAGGCCUAUUGUGAUCCGCAAUCCGAAGUCAUUUUGGUAGGAAAGCAUGAGAUCAAUUUCCAGAAAAUGACUUGUGAUUCUUACCUCAUGCGCCGCCUCUCCACGCCUUCGUUUGUGGCUCAGUCAGCCAAUGCUGUCUUCAGCACCACAUGGCUUUGGUACUGGAAGAAUGAAUUUAACCAAUAUGUACAGUAUGGGGAAGAGAGGAAAGGCCAGCCCUGUUCCAACAUCAGCUCUCCGUACCUGGAGUCUUUCUUCCAGUCCUGUCCCAGGGGAGUUGUUGUGCCGUUUCAGGCCGGUUCACAACACUACGAAUUGAGCUUCCAAGGGAUGAUUCAGACAAACAUAGCGUCCAAGACUCAAAGGUGUGUUGUCAGAAGGCCGGUAUUCGUUUCAUCGAAGGAUGUGCAGCAGAGGAGAAGAGGUCCAGACCUUCAGCCGGCGAUGCCUCAGCCGAAAGAGUAGCACCGUUCCUUCCAACGGAUACGAGCUGUUAGAACUCAAUAGCCAGGAUGUGGAGUAUGUCAAAAUAAGUGAACUUUUUAAAGCAUC